AUGGCAAACCUUCACCCUUUUGACCCCAUCACACCUGGGGAGAUCCAAUUGGCGGUCUCCGUUCUGGAAUCCGCGUUCCCCGGUGCUAAGCUUCGCUACAAGCGCAUCGAUCUUCAAGAACCCGCCAAGCAUGAGGUUGUCCCAUUCCUCGAGGCCGAGCGCCGACAUGAAGUGCACCCGCCGAAGCCGGCACGUUUGCUGAUGGUGCUCUUUCACCGAUUGGACAAUGGGUCUUUCUUCAAGGCUCUGAUCAACGCAGACACCAAGUCCAUUGUGUCAGCGAAAGAGCUGCCCAAGGACGUCCAGGGUCCAGUGGAUGCCGAUGAAAUGAUGGAAAUUGAGGAGCUCUGUCUCAGCCAUCCAGCUGUCAAGGCCGAGAUUGAAAAGUUGAAGCUUCCGGCUGGCCACACCGUCUGCUUGGAUCCGUGGAUCUACGGCACCGACGAUGCCAAGGAAACUCGGCGUUUGUUCCAGUGCUACAUGUACAUUGUAGCCACCGACCAUCCCCAGAACAACCAGUAUUCGCUUCCUUGCAAAUUUUCGCCGGUGUUUGAUGGCAUCUCUCGCAAACUAGUCCGCAUGGAUUAUCUGCCUGGCGGAGCCGAUACUCAAACCACUGAGACGCAGCCCUGGAAGCCGGUGCCUGCGGUGCAAUACGCGCACGAUUUGCUAGAUGAGCCCCUGCGCACCGAUCUGAAGCCCUACAUUGUCCAGCAACCAGAGGGAGCGUCAUUCAAUGUCAUCGGCAAUGCCGUGUCGUGGCAGAAGUGGCGUUUCAGAGUAGGUUUCAACAACCGAGAGGGUUUGGUGUUGCACAAUGUGACCUACGACGGUCGCAACACCUUCUACCGCCUGUCCUUCUCGGAGAUGACAGUCCCCUACGCCGGCAUGUUCCAACCAGCCUCCUUUUUGCAAGCCUUUGACGUCGGUGACGUGGGCUUCGGUAUCACAGCUAACCAAUUGAGUCUCGGCUGCGACUGUCUCGGUCACAUCAAGUAUUUCGAUGGUUAUCGCACAGAUGCAAAGGGAGAACCAAUUCUACUCCAAAAUGUCAUCUGCAUGCACGAGCAGGAUAAUGGCUUGCAACACAAGCACUCCAAUUACCGCACUGGUGCGGCGACCGUCGUCCGCAACCGCCAGCUCGUGGUUCAAAUGAUCUGCACCGUUGCAAACUACGAAUAUAUCUUCGCUUUCAUCCUCGACCAAGCAGCCAAUAUUGAGCUCGAGGUGCGGGCAACCGGUAUCCUCUCAACGGUCCCCUUCGACAAUGAGAACGGCCAAACCGUGCCAUGGGGCACGAACGUCGGGCCAGGCGUUAUGGCCCCAUUCCACCAACACAUGUUCUCCCUCCGAAUUGAUCCGGCCAUCGACGGCUACAAAAACACAGUGUACUACGAAGAUAGCGUGCCCAUGCCCGAGGAUGACAGCAACCCGUGGCUUGUCGGGUACACCACCGAGAAAACCGUUAUCAAGUCCAGUGGCAGUGCCACCACCAGCGUCGACCGCCACCGCGUCUUUAAGAUCCGGAACGAUUCCAUCGUCAACCCUAUCACCCACCACCCCAUCGCAUAUAAGCUGCAGACCAUGCCAAGUCAGAUGCUCCUCGCGCACCCGAACUCCUUUGGCACGAAGCGCGCCGGUUUCGCGACCCGUCCUAUCUGGGUAACUAAAUAUCAAGACGACGAGCUCUUCGCCGCCGGCGAGUUCACAAACCAGAGCAAGAAGUCGGAAGGUGUGGAUGUGUGGGCUGCACGGAACGACGCAGUUGAAAACGAAGACGUCGUUCUCUGGCACACUUUCGGCCUUACGCACAACCCUCGCAUUGAGGACUUCCCUGUUAUGCCGGUGGAACGCGUGAGCGUCAUGCUCAAGCCGGAUGGAUUCUUUACUAAGAACCCUGCACUGGAUGUACCGGCUUCGGACCAGUCUUUCAACCAGUCGACUUUGCACCCCGAGCCGGCUUGCUGUGCGGCUCCUCAGGAGCGAACGCAGGUGAAGUUAUAG